UAAAUUUGGCAGUUGAAAGUUAACUGAAAGCUGGAAUAUAACCCAGCACUGAUUACAGGGUUAUCAACCUGCCAAUAAAAACGUUUGGUUUUAGUCUGGUAGCUAGAGUUACAUUUUGGCAAUGCAAUGGAAGAAUUCUCAUCGAAAAUCGAAUCCCUCCGAGAAACAGAAUUUAGUCGACUUGUUGAUCAGGUAUAUUUGGAUCAUGCAGGAAGUGCACUUCAUGGAAGUUCACAAAUUGAAAGUUAUGCACAUGCUUUGGAGAACAAUUUACUUGGAAAUACACACAGCAAAAGCUCAUCUAGCGAACUCAUGGGUGAUAUCAUUUCCCAUGUUCGAAAUAAAGUUCUUGAAAGUUUAAAUGUCACAGAUGAUGAUUUUGAUGUGAUUUUUACAUCAGGUGCAACUGAAGCACUGAAAUUAGUGGGUGAAUAUUUUGACUGGGGACCUGGAUCAACUUUUACAUAUUUAGAAGACAACCACACAUCAGUCGUUGGAAUUAGAGAGUUGGCGGCUAUGAAAAAUGCUUCUUCAUACUGUCUUUCUCCUGUAAUGAAAGAUAGUAAUUGCAACAUAUAUGAUUUAUCGCAAUAUGAUUGCAAGCUCGUAAAGUCUGUGCAAACUGAAGGUGAUCAAGUUUGUCAAGAUUCUAGCUCCUGCCUUUUCGCAUUUCCAGCAAUGAGCAAUUUCUCUGGUGUGAAAUAUCCUUUAACCUGGAUAAAGGAUUUUCAAAAUGAUAACUUGUCAAUGAAUCUGAAAUUGUCAUCUAGUGAUUCGCGGUGGUAUGUUCUGUGUGAUUGUGCAGCAUUUUGUUCAACGUCUCCUUUUGACCUUAAACAAAAUCCCGCAGAUUUCAUUACAAUUUCAUUUUAUAAAAUAUUUGGAUUUCCAACUGGUCUUGGUGCUUUAUUGAUAAAAAAAUCGAGUACUAAUGUUCUCUGCCAUAAAAGAUAUUUUGGAGGUGGGUCAGUUGCAGGGUGGCUCGCUUCGGAUGACUUCUUCUUACCAAAACCUGAUGUACACGAAAAAAUGGAAGAUGGAUCUAGUAAUUUUUUAGGCAUUCUCGCAUUAAAACAUGGCUUUGAUUUUUUUUAUCGGCUAGGAUUAGAUGGAAAGUCCAUUCAAAUGUAUACAUUUACACUUUGGCAGAAACUUCAUAAUGAUAUGAUUCAAUUGAAACAUUGGAAUGAAUCUCCUGUUGUGAAGAUAUAUCGAUACAGAGAUUCAGGGCGAACUGAUAGUAGCAAGCAAGGCCCAAUUCUGGCUUUCAAUGUUAUGCGAUCAGAUGGAAGCUUUGUAGGUUUCAAUCAUGUGAUGCAACUUGCAAAUAACUGCAAAAUUCAUUUGAGAGGCGGAUGUUGCUGUAAUUUAGGUGCUUGUUCUUCUAUGCUUGGUAUUUCUCGUGAAGUGAUGUUGAAAGCAUACCAAGAUGGCCAUGUUUGUGGUGAUAAAAUUGACCUUAUCAUGGGUCAGCCCAUUGGCAUUGUUCGUAUUUCCUUGGGCUAUUGUUCAACACAGAAGGAUAUUGAAAAGUUUAUAGAAUUUUUGUCUGAAAAUUUCGUUGAAAAAUCAGUGGAUAAUCUCAGAAGUGACUUAAACAACUUAAGUCUAUCAAGCAAAAAUGGUACGAUCAUUUUGGAGAAAAUUGUUGUUUACCCAAUAAAGUCUUGUCAGGGAAUGGAGGUCAAUAGUUGGGAAAUAUGUGAAACAGGAUUGCUAUAUGAUCGCAUGUGGAUGAUAGUAGAUGAAAAUAAUGCCACUGUUACUUUAAAAAAGAAUUCAAAGUUGGUUUUGAUUUAUCCAUACAUUGAUGUUGAAAAUUCAAACCUGAUUUUAGUUCUGGAAGCAAACGGUUUUGAUAGGAUACAAGUUCCAAUCAUUUUGGAAAAUCCUAGUCGCACAUUACACCCAAACCCAUGUUGUGAGACUAAAGUUUGUGGUGACAAAGUUGAGGGGUUCGACUGUGGUAAUGAUGUAUCCAAUUGGCUUACAAAAGUCUUGGGCAAAAGGCAUCGCCUCUUACAGAAAGAUUUUGCGAAACCUAGAUUGACAAAAUCUGCACAAGAAAUUAAAAAUGGUGCUCCUCAAAUAUCUUUAGUAAAUUGGGCUCAGUAUCUCUUGCUAAAUCGUUCCAGCAUUGAAUAUUUGUACAACAAAACUGAAAUUGAGACGAACAACUCUCAGGAUCAAUCUAAGUUAAUUGACAGUUUUAUGAAGAGAUUCCGUGGGAAUUUCAUAAUAUCUGGAGCUGAUCCAUUAGCUGAGGAUACAUGGAAUGACAUAGUUGUCCACUCGGAAUCGAGAGAUAUCAGAUUCACAAAUGGUGAUCAUUGCAAUAGAUGUGGUUUGAUUUGUGUUGAUCCUGAAAAUGGAAUAAAGCAUGGCAACCCUUUGAGGGUCCUUGCUCAACUCAAAACUCCAGAUAAUACUCGAAGAAAAGCAACAUUGGGUGUGUAUUUUCAACAUGAACUGGCACUGUCAUCUAGUACUACUAUUUCUACUAAUUGCAAAAUAUCAGUGUUCAAAGCAGUAUCAUAGAUCUAAAUAUGUAAUUGAUUUUGAUAUCCAUGUGCAAUUAAUGGUACAAUAAUAAAUUUUUAAUAAUUAUCAAAGUAUUUAAUUGAACUUUUAUUUUGAUUUACAAAAUUUCAUUUUAUGUUUGUUGCUUUAAAACACCCCGAAAAUCUGGAAAAUAUUUUUAAAUAUACUGUAUGGUUGACUGAAAAUAUUGACUUGAAUAUUGCAACUUUCUAGUUAAUCAUUAUAAGACAAAGGUACUUUAUUUUUUUAAACAUAUACGGUACCUAUGAUAUUCAGCUCAAUCAUACUAUUUGUACAUAUCUGAUAUAGGCUAUAUUGCUCUGUACUUCUGUUGUGUGGAUCUUUUUGUUGCAAUCCAUUGCAUUAUAAUAAUUUUAUAUUUUGAAAUCAUGAUGCUCUUUAUCCUAUUAUCAUCUUCCAUUUCAUGUGCCAAUUUUUGCCUCAUAUUGUGUUUAAUUUUUCAUGCAGUAGAUUUAAUUUUGAUUUAUUGGAACUUAUUCAGAGCCUGAUAAUUAUUAAAUUUCGAUUAAUAAUGCCA